GAGAUGUAGAUUGCUGCUUCGCUUAGCUGUCCCUUUAACGCCGCCGUAGGCUUCCUGCCGCGCAUGCGUACCUCGCUUCUGCGCUUGUCAUCAUGGCGGCGCGGGGCCAUGUGCAGGAUCCUAACGAUAGGCGGCUUAGACCCAUCUACGAUUAUCUUGACAAUGGGAACAACAAGAUGGCGAUCCAGCAGGCUGAGAAACUGCUCAAAAAGCACAAAGAUCUGCACUGUGCCAAGGUCCUUAAGGCAAUUGGGCUGCAAAGGACUGGGAAACAGGAGGAAGCAUUUAUUCUGGCUCAGGAGGUAGCAGCCCUAGAGCCCACUGAUGAUAACUCUCUGCAAGCACUCACCAUCCUCUACAGGGAAAUGCACCGGCCUGAACUAGUCACUAAACUGUAUGAGGCGGCUGUAAAAAAGAUCCCCACUAGUGAAGAAUAUCAUUCCCAUCUGUUCAUGGCCUAUGCUAGAGUGGGAGAAUACAAGAAAAUGCAGCAGGCAGGCAUGGCACUUUAUAAAAUAGUUCCCAAAAAUCCUUAUUAUUUUUGGUCAGUGAUGAGCCUAAUAAUGCAGUCUAUUUCAGCUCAAGACGAGAACCUUUCAAAAACGAUGUUUUUGCCGUUGGCUGAAAGAAUGGUAGAGAAAAUGGUUAAAGAGGACAAGAUUGAAGCAGAAGCUGAGGUGGAGCUAUACUACAUGAUUCUAGAGCGCUUGGGGAAACAUGAAGAAGCUUUAAAGGUGAUCAGAGGCAAACUCGGAGAAAAGUUAACAAGUGAGCUUCAAAGUCGUGAAAAAAAAUGUAUGGCCAUGUACAAGAAGCUAAACAAGUGGCCAGAAUGCAAUGCUCUCUCCAAAAGGCUGCUACUGCAAAACUCAGAUGACUGGCAGUUCUAUCUCUCCUACUUUGACUCAGUCUUUCACCUUAUUGAUGAAGCCUGGACUCCUCCGACCGAAGGGCAGAUGUCACUGGAAGGAGAUUUGGAUCAUUCCAUAGUACAGGCAGUGAAAUUUGUAGAAGAUCAGAUUGAAAAUGAGUCCAACAGUCAACGCCAGCUUAGAGGCCCACAUCUAGCCAAGCUGGAACUUAUUCGCCGCUUGAGAAAGAGAGGCUGUAACGAUGAAUACAAACUGGGAGAACCAGAAGAUUUAAUGUACCAGUACUUCAUUAAGUUUGGAGACAAGCCAUGCUGCUUAACUGACCUUAAAGUCUUUGUGGACCUCCUUUCUGCCAGCCAGCACACUAGCUUUAUAAACAGAUUACUGGGAUCUUUACCUUUGAAUCGUGCAGCAGAAAGUGAAAUUGCUCUGCCGGAAGACACCAAGGCUCUGCAGAGACACCUAUGUGUAGUUCAACUGAUGCGGCUGCUUGGCAUCUACCAUAAAAUGGACAAGCUAGAAAAGCAGGAUGCUGUGCGAGAAAUGACUGAAAGAUACAGACACGGACUGCAGUUUGGAAAAUCCUGUUUAAAAACAGAGCUUCAGUUCUCAGACUACUACUGUCUCUUGGGAGCACAUAUGCUUCUGGAUCUAUGGAGUAAUGGUGAGGAGUGGGCAGUGUGGCAUUGCUUGACCCUAUUAGAAGAAGGGCUAAAUAACAGUCCAUCUAAUGCCCAGUUUAAACUACUACUUAUCCGUAUCUACUGCUCACUUGGAGCUUUUGAACCCGCUAUGGACCUAUAUUCCAGUCUCGAUGCUAAACACAUUCAGCACGACACAAUUGGUUACCUACUGACCCGUUUUGCAGGACCUCUGGGACAGUAUACAUCUGCAUCCCAAGCCUGCAAUGCUGCUCUUAGAUUUUUCCACUCCAACCAGAAAGAUACCUCAGAAUAUAUUAUACAAGCUUACAAGUAUGGUGCCUUCGAGAAAAUCCCAGAAUUUAUUGCUUUUCGAAACAGGCUGAACAAUUCUCUACAUUUUGCACAAGUUCGCACAGAACGCAUGCUGUUGGACCUUUUACUUGAAGCUGAUGUUUCCAGUAGUUUAGAAGAAAGUAUAAAAUCCAUGAGUUUGAGCCCAGAGGAGGAUGACAUUCCAUGGAAGGACCUACGGGAUAACCGGGACCUAACAGCGCUCUUUAACUGGGAUCCAAAGGACAGAGAUAUUUCAGAAGACCACAGAAAGCUGUCCCUGGAGGAGGAAAGUAUCUGGCUGCGUAUCCGAUCACUCACUUUAAGGUUGGUUAGUGGUCUGACAGCUCUUAGCCAUACACCUGAGCCCAAGAACUCUCAGAAGGGUGCAGAAAACGGAGUCUCAUCAAAGAUUGACAUUGUGCGAGCAUUGUUACAGCAGUUUGAAGCAACAGUGGAUGCUGGCAAGACUUUUAAUGAGAGACAGAUAAAGUAUCCUUUUCUUGGACCCCCAGCAACACGGCUUAGCAAAUUUCUGAGUAGUGGAGCCUGUCAGUGCCAAAAAGAGGCUCUUCUACUGCUGAAUGAUAUUUAUGAUCUGGAUAUGAGUGGAAUAGAUGAUACAUGUGAAAUCCAAGCAAAAAUAGGAAGAAAAUUAAAGUCUUCACUAGAAGAUUUACAAGAUCUGUUGCACCACUGCAAAGGGAACCUCAUGGACAUCCAGGGAGGGAACUGCAGAACCUCCCCCCAUAUUAUAGAGAACUUGGUUUUCUUUGUUGAGACAAUAUCGCUUUUUUUAUGGGUAUCAAGUUAUUUUGUUGGUGUCCUGCGGCCGUUUAAGUCAAAUCUCCAAAAAAAGAAAAAGAAGAAAAAAGACAGUUGUGCUACACCUCCGGUAUUCACUGGUUUCCUGGAUUAUAUAACUGGGCUGCAAACAUUGCUAUCAAAUAUGUCUGAUCAUAUAGGGGGGCUGGAAAUUUCCCUGACUGCACUGAAACUUGAAGAUCUUUCAUUGGACAAUAUCACAUUUUCAGAGGAUGAAAAGAAGUUUACAAAACUGGCAGUAGACAAGGUUCACAGCAGCUACCUGCACUCACUGCAAGAGAUGGGGGAUCUGCUAAGAAAGAGACUCGAAACGUUCAAAAAAUUUAAAAUCUAGAAUGUGACCCAGCUUCAUACAAUGGUCAUUAUCACGAUGAGCUCCUGGCCGCCAUCUUAACCUUAAUCCAGAACUUCCUCAGAAAUGCAUGAAGGACUUAUACCAUCAAUUUUUUUUCUAUUUUAGGUUUUGAGAAUGAAUUAUUUACAGCUACUUUAAAUUAUUGUACAUAAACAAGAAGCAGGACCCACACUUUGGGUUUUACCACUUUUUAUACAUUAAUCAUAAACCUGUUGGCAGCAGCAAAUGGAUUUCCAUAGCCAUUUGAUCUACACGGGAACUUGAAAACUUUGUAGCUGCAGCAAUAGAUAUCCGCUUUAUCAUGAGGGGGCGGCUAGUUCAGAGUCACCACUACAGUUCCUUUUCAUUACCAGCAACGUACAAUUGCUCCUUUUUUUUUAUCACAUCCUUUUAAUCCUGUGAUCGUUCUGCUUUGAAAAUAGCUUUUUUUUCUUCUUUGCUUUGUUUUAACUGCCCUGAACUGUUUCAGAGCCUGAAUCAUGAAAUUGAAUUUAGCUGCUGUGUUGGUUUCCAAAUGUGCAGUUACCAAUAGAAAUCCUUUCCAGCUGGAAUAACACACAUGACACGGACUGCAGGCUUUGGGAAUAAAAUACAUAGUGGAUUUCGCUCAAGGCAAACAUUGUCGCACAUGAAAGUCUUGGAUUUAGAAGUUGCCUCCUAUAAUUUAAACUAAAAUAUUCAGCUUUGCCUGAAGCCACUUUGUCUUGUUGCCCGCAUUCAAGUGAACAGGGACAGGGCUUUUUUUGACAUUUAGCAAGAGUCCUGGUGUCUCAUAAAUUAAUAUCUUUGGUCCUUGUGCUGUCGCUUCUAGGAGGAAGCUCUUCUCUGCAGUUUUUCUGAUCUAAAUAGGCAGAAUGAUGCUUUUAUGUGCUGCAGGGUCACAGUUUUUGCUCCACUUUGUAAGCUUGGUUAUGCAAAUCAAAUCUCGUUGGACUGUUGUAUUGCCCAAUGUGCAAUAUAAACCAGCAAAAAAUAACCUCUACACCAAUAAUGUCUAACCUUUUGCACUCCAACUGGUGCUGAACUGUCUUUCCCAAAAGUCCUCAAAAUCUGUUAAGGAUGCUUGGAGGGUUGUAGUUAAACAACAGCUGGAAGGCCAGGGGCUGGACAUUACCCAAUUUAGACCUAGGGCUAUUUCAGAAUAAAAAUCCCACAUCUGCUUGAGCAUCGCAAAAAUCUGUAUUUAAAGUUUCGGAGAUUCUGACAAUCGAAACAUUGUCAUAUCCUAUGAACACAUUUUGUUAGUGAUGCUAGGUGGUUGACAAGAGUAUUUUUAAAAUAAAUCUCUACAUAAUAAAAUGAUCUUUCAUGUA